AUGGCCGCCUCAGGUGUUUCCGCUUCCCUCUCCUCCCACUCCUCUUCUACCUUUUCUCCCGUCGCCUCACCACCAACCGAAACCCGACGAGGCAGCGCAUACACCUCCGCCGCCGCAUCCCGAUCAAACUCGGUCGUUUCAACGCCCGCUUCUAACGCUGCUUCGCCGCCUGCGUCCACUCCUGGCGCUUCAACCCCCGGCAGCACCGGUCCGACAAAUGCCUCCCACCCGCAUCAGCUGCCAGCCAUCAGACCGAACGCCGCACACCCCGCCAUAUCAGCUAGGCCCCCCCAGCCUAUAAACAAAAUGUCCAUGGCCUCCGUCAUUAGCCCCCCGCCCACCGAGGCUGCUCCCAAGAUGUCCAUGACCACCAAGGAAUGGGUCAUCCCGCCUCGCCCAAAACCUGGUCGCAAGCCCGCCACUGAUACGCCGCCUACCAAACGCAAGGCCCAGAACCGUGCCGCCCAGCGUGCCUUCCGUGAGCGCAGGGCUGCGAGGGUUGGCGAGCUGGAGGAGCAGCUUGACGAGCAGCGUGAUGUCUAUGAGAAGACCGAGAAAGAGCUCAAGGACAAGGUGCACGGAUUGGAGAUGGAGCUGCAGGCAUUCAAGUCCCGCUGCCUUGUCUUGGAAAACCUACUUGAACGUGAGAGAAAGGACCGUGUCAAGGCCGAGACGGACCUUGAGGGUGAGAAGAGACGCUGGAAUGAGCAAGCCGCAGCCCCCAGAGCUCUGCCAUCGCCUAUCCGCCGGGCAUCCUCGGUCACCACUCAUCACGAGCCCCCCACUCCUUCAGUGGGUCAUUCAAACCAGCCCUUUUCCAUCUCCCAGAUUGUGUCGCCCGAGGACUCUACCCAAAUGGAAGACUCUCCCGCCCCGUUUGGCUGCGGGUCAUGCGGCCCUAGUGGCUCAUGUGCCUGUGCUGACGACGUUCUCGCCAACACUGUCACAGGAUGCGGAGGGUGCACCCUCGGAGGCCGAUGCGAGUGCCUCGAGGAGACCAUCAAGAGCGCCAUCAUGUCCGACCUCAAGCGGGCACCUUCUCCCUCGGCCGUGACUUCUUCCGAGAAGCGUGCUCGUACUGACCCGACCCCGGCUGAGGAGGAGACUGAGAUCGACUUCACUGCCAUGUUUUCCAAGAAGGCGGCGCCUCCCCAGCGGUCGACCUUUCAGAUCAUGCAGCCCCAGCCGCUCCCCUCUAUUUCCAUCAAAGACUCGUGUGGGUUUUGUAAAGACGGCACCUACUGCAUCUGCGCCGACACCAUGUCUAUCGGCCCUCCCGCUACCACCCCUUACGGACCUCCUCCCGCCUACUCUCAGCAGACCCAGACCCCUCCCCCAUCAGAGAACGACGCCGUCCCUCCCCCCAUGGAGAUCGAUUCUGACGGCGCCGUCAAGCUCCGUCCUCGUCCGCAGACCACGCAGCCCACGGCUCCCACCUCCCGUGGAUGCGGCUCAAAGGGCCCCGGAACCUGCGCCCAGUGUCUCUCGGAUCCCAAAUCAGGCCUCUUCUGCCGUGCCCUCUCAGCAAAUUUUGAACGUGAAGGCAGUAGCUCCGGCGGCGGCGGCGGCUGCUGUGGUGGUGCCGGUCCCGGAGGAGGAUGCUGCAAGUCCGGAUCCGCCCCUCCCCGCCUUCCGUCCAAGAUGAAGCUCGGCCUAAGCCUUAGUUGCGCCGAGGCCUACCAGACUCUGUCUAGUCAUCGCAACUUCGACAAGGCUGCAGACGACAUCGGCUCCUGGCUGCCUAAGCUCCGUGCCGCGCCCAAGCCCGGUCAGACGCUGCCCUCUCCCUCGCGACUGCCUAUUGAAGUCGAAGCCGCGAGCAUCAUGAGCGUGCUCAAGGACUUUGACAUUCGCUUUGGAAGAGGACAGUAG